AUGCAGGUGAAAGGUCAGUCGAGUUUACCAGACAAAAUGGAUGUCAAUCAGGCUAAACAAGAGCAUCUUCUCGCAUUAAAAGUGAUGCGACUGACAAAACCUACACUCUUCACAAACAUGCCAGUGACAUGUGAAGACAGAGACCUUCCAGGGGAUUUGUUUAGUAAACUUAUGAAGGAGGAUCCAUCUACCAUAAAGGGAGCUGAGACACUCAUGCUUGGAGAAAUGCUUACACUACCUCAGAAUUUUGGAAAUAUUUUCCUGGGUGAGACCUUCUCAAGUUACAUUAGCGUGCACAACGACAGCAAUCAAGUGGUCAAAGAUAUCCUUGUAAAGGCAGAUCUCCAGACCAGCUCUCAGAGAUUAAACCUGUCAGCAUCAAACUCGGCAGUGUCAGAACUCAAACCAGAGUGCUGCAUUGAUGACGUCAUACACCAUGAAGUCAAAGAAAUUGGAACUCACAUCUUGGUUUGUGCUGUCAGCUACACCACUCAGUCCGGGGAGAAGUUGUACUUUAGGAAGUUUUUCAAAUUUCAGGUUCUCAAGCCUCUGGAUGUAAAGACAAAGUUUUACAAUGCUGAGACAGAUGAAGUGUUCCUAGAAGCACAGAUCCAGAACAUCACAACCUCUCCCAUGUUCAUGGAGAAAGUGUCUCUGGAGCCAUCCAUAAUGUACAGUGUCACAGAGCUCAACACAGUGGCCUCAGGGGGACAAGGUGAGUCGACGUUUGGGAAGAUGUCUUAUCUCCAGCCCAUGGACACACGGCAGUAUUUGUAUUGCCUGAAACCCAAGCCUGAGUUUGCUGAGAAGGCUGGAGUCAUUAAAGGGGUGACGGUCAUUGGGAAACUAGACAUUGUUUGGAAGACUAAUCUUGGGGAGAGAGGACGACUGCAGACCAGUCAGCUUCAGAGAAUGGCCCCUGGGUAUGGAGACGUCAGGCUUUCUCUGGAGCUCAUUCCAGACACUGUCAACAUAGAAGAACCUUUUGACAUCACCUGUAAAAUCACUAAUUGCAGCGAGAGGACCAUGGAUCUGGUUCUGGAGAUGUGUAACACCAGGUCCAUACACUGGUGUGGCGUCUCAGGCCGACAGAUGGGCAAACUCAGCCCUGGUGCCUCACUCUCCAUUCCUCUCAAACUCUUGUCUUCUGUUCAGGGUUUACAAAGUAUUUCUGGACUCCGACUGACAGAUACGUUUCUGAAACGGACAUAUGAGUAUGAUGACAUCGCCCAAGUUUGUGUGGUGUGCCCUUACAUAAACCCAGAGAGUUAAACAUCAAAGUACACUCAGCAUCGUAAAGGACCAACCCUUCAUCGCUGUGCACCUCUUUCGUCUUUUACUAAUCCACUAUGAACUGAUCAUGUUUUAAAAAAAAAAAAUGUCAUUUUUAAAAUCCUGAUCAUGAUUUUAAAUGUCUGUACAUGUGAA